CGUGCCACCAUCCUAACCUCACGAACAGGAGCAGCCUCGAAGUUACCUUUUAAUUCGGAUGUAAACAGACGCGCGUCGAAUAAACUUGUCUCCUGCUAAAAGAUAAGCACGGUUGCGUGAUUCGCGGCAGAAUGGCCGGUUCGUCGGCGAACGUGACCGUGUCGAGCAUCCUGAAGAACAAGAGCUCGUUCGACGAUGAGCCGCGGAAGAAGAGCAGGGAGGACUGGCGAAAGGCGAAGGAGCUCGAGGAGGCGAGGAAGGCCGGCACGGCCCCCGCGGCCGUCGACGAGGAGGGUAAAGACAUCAAUCCGCACAUCCCGCAGUACAUAAGCGCGACACCGUGGUACUUCGGCGCCCAGGGCCCCACUCUGAAGCACCAGAGGCCGCAGCCCGAGAAGCAGAGGCAGUACAGCUCGAUCGACGCGUGGUACAACCGCGGGGUGGACGCCUCGCAGACGGCCGUCAAGUAUCGUAAGGGCGCCUGCGAGAAUUGCGGCGCGAUGACGCACAAGAGGAAGGACUGCAUGGAGCGGCCGCGCAGGGUCGGCGCCAAGUUCACGAAUUCGAAGAUAGCGGCGGACGAGUUUAGCCAGCCCGAUCUGUCGAUGGACUACGACGGCAAGCGAGACAGGUGGGCCGGCUACGAUCCCUCCGAGCAUCGCGCGAUCGUGGAGGAGUACCAGAAGAUCGAGGAGGCCAAGCGGCAGAUGCGCGCCGAGAAGCUCAACGCGGAGGAGGAGACCGACGAGCAGGAUUCGGACAAGGACGAGGACAAGUAUGUGGACGAGGUGGACAUGCCCGGCACGAAGGUCGACUCCAAGCAGCGCAUCACCGUGAGAAAUCUGCGGAUUCGCGAGGACACCGCCAAGUAUCUGCGCAAUCUGGAUCCGAACUCGGCGUACUACGAUCCGAAGACCCGAUCGAUGCGGGACAAUCCUUACGCCGGCACGGAUCGCGAGGUGGAUUUCAAGGGUGAGAACUCGGCGCGUUUCUCGGGUGACACGCAGCAGCACGCUAACGCGCAGUUGUUCGCUUGGGACGCGCACGAGAAGGGAGUCGACGUGCACUUGUUGGCCGAGCCUACGAAACUGGAGCUGUUGAAGCAGGAAUACGACAAGAAACGCGACGAGUUGAAGGACAAGGCGCGCGACAGCGUGAUCGAGCGUUACGGUGGUGAGGAGCAUCUCCAGGCGCCACCAAAGUCCCUGUUAUUGGCGCAGACCGAGCACUACGUUGAAUAUUCGCGGUACGGUAACAUAAUUAAAGGGCAAGACAGGCAGGUGAUACGAUCCAAGUACGAGGAGGACGUUUAUCCGAAUAAUCACACGACGAUCUGGGGCUCCUACUGGCAGGAUGGAAAAUGGGGCUACAAGUGCUGUUAUUCCUUUAUCAAAAAUUCGUAUUGCACCGGUGAGUCGGGUAAGAGAGCGAUGGAGGCGGUGAGCAACAGUAUACCGGAUAAAAUCCCGUCUGAAGUAGAAGAAGUGAGCGAUAAACCGGAUACGGCGGAUGAUAUUCAUUCCACCAGCAGCGAGUCUGCAUCCGAGGACGAGGAUGCGAAAAACCGAACGGAAAAGCAGAGUAAAGCGGCGAAGCGAAAAUUGAAGAAGCAGAAACGGAAGGAAAACCGCAAGAAUAAAAAACGAAAUGCGGAGCAAGAUGAGGACAAGCUGAAGGAAGCGCUGAAAAAGGAGGAGAAAAGUGCGAGGCAAGCGGACAGGAUAUUGAAGCUGGACGAGAGGAAACGUCCGUACAACAGCAUGUACGUGGAUAAGGAAUUGACAGCUGAAGAGAUAGAGGCAUAUCAAAUGAAACGCAAACGCGACGAGGACCCGAUGGCCAACUUUCUUUCUUAAAAAUAAUAUUCUCACAAUGUAAAACUACAUACAUUGAUGUACAUAUGUUUAUAUGUAAAGUUUGCGUUAUUUAUCUUUUAUUAGUAUUGGUCUAUGAAAAUAUUAAAAGAUAGCAUUUUAAUUAUAUUAUAAUUAAUGAUAUUUUGGCAGAAUAGCAUAUGCUUACAAGAAGA